AUGUCCCUCACAGACGCAGCGCCGGCCGAGGCCGCCCGCGCCGCCAAGGCCGCCUCCCACGUCCUGGCCACGCUCUCCGCCGACGAGCGCAACGAUGCCCUGCUCGCCAUGCACGACGCCCUGGCUGCGAACCGCGAUGCCAUCCUGGCUGCCAACGCCAAGGACCUGGCCCUUGCCCAGCGUGAGGCCGCCGAGGGCCGCCUCAACCCGUCCCUCGUCGCGCGCCUUGACCUCGGCCGCAAGGGCAAGUGGGAGGACAUGCUGCAGGGCAUUCUAGACGUCCGCGGCCUGCCCGACCCUGUCGGCCGCGUCACGCUGCGCACCCGCCUCGACGACGGCCUGACGCUCGAGCGCGUCACCUGCCCCAUUGGCGUGCUGCUCGUCAUUUUCGAGGCCCGCCCCGAGGUGCUGGCCAACAUUGCCGCGCUGGCCGUCAAGUCGGGCAAUGCGGCGCUGCUCAAGGGCGGCAAAGAGUCCACGCAGACCAUGCUGGCCAUGGCCACCGCCCUCGCCGCGGCGCUCCAGGGCAACUCGCACGUGCCCCCCGCCGCCGUCCAGCUGGUCACCCGCCGCGACGUUGUCCAGGAGCUGCUGGCCCUCGACCGCGACAUUGACCUCGUGGUCCCCCGCGGCUCCAACGAGCUUGUGCGGUCCAUCAAGGCCGGCACCCGCAUCCCCGUGCUGGGCCACGCCGACGGCCUGUGCAGCAUCUUUCUGGACGCGGGCGUCGUCGACGCCGCCCAGGCCGCGUCGCUGCUGCUCGACGCCAAGACGGGCUACACGGCCGCCUGCAACAGCGUCGAGACGCUGCUUGUGCACGAGGCGGCCCUCGCCGAGCCGGCGUUUGCCGCCGCCGCCCGCACACUGCUGGGCGCAGGCGUGACGCUGCGCUGCGACGCGGCCGCCAAGGCGGCCCUGCUGUCGGCACUGACACUCCCGACCGACGGCGAGGCGGCGCGGGCCCAGAUUGUCGACGCCGUCGACGACGACUUUGACACCGAGUUCCUGUCGCUGGACCUGGCCGUCAAGGCCGUGCCCUCGCUCGACGCCGCCAUUGCGCACAUUAACGCGCACGGCUCGCACCACACAGACGCCAUCCUGACGCCCUCGGAAGCCCAUGCAGAGAAAUUCAUGGCGGCCGUGGACUCGGCCGGCGUCUACUGGAACGCGUCGACGCGGUUUGCCGACGGCAUGCGCUACGGCUUCGGCACCGAGGUGGGCAUCAGCACAAACAAGAUCCACUCGCGAGGCCCCGUCGGUCUGGAAGGCCUGACCAUCUACAAGUACAAGCUGCGCGGGUCCGGGCAGGCGCCCAACCAAUACGGCGACGGCGAGAAGCAGUACAAACACGAGUCGCUGUCGUUGAAUGAGUAG